AUGCCGCCUAUAUUGCCACCUACAGAAGAGAUAGAAUCAACAAAGACAAAUGGAUACACCAAACACGAAGAAAUAAAUGGAAAGCCCUUGAAUGCUGUUCAGGAGACCACCAAGACAAUGACCAGCAACAACGAAAAUGAGGAAAAGGUAGUUUUGCCUGUGGAAAUGGCCAGCAUGGUGCCUUUGAAGGCAUUGAUUGGAAAACUGAUCCACAAGGCACACGCUGAUCUCAUCACAUUGACUGAAACACUACCCUCCAUGAGCGAAGUGGAAAAGAAACGACAGAUAUUGACCUACACGACAUUUGUGAGAAAGCAGUUUCUCAAGUUGCUUGUCCUUGUCAAAUGGGCCGAAAAUGCCAACGACAUACAAAUGUGUCAGAAUAUCAUGGCAUUUCUAGCAAAUCAAAAUCAAAUAUUCACCUCCACCGUCGAUUUUCUUCACAAGAUUUACACUGAACUACCAGCAGCUAGAUUGAGGAAUUUCGAUAUACCUACCGCCGUGGAUGUGCUGACCACAGGAACGUACCAACGCAUGCCUACAAAGAUCAAAGACAUGUUGACACCGACACCGUUGACAGAUGAAGAAGUGCUGGAAACCUUCCAAAAUAUGAAUGAUGUUAUCCGAAUGCGCAUGUUCACGACCGAAGUAUUGCCCUCGCCAAUGCGAAAAUACCGAAUUGAAAACGGCAGAAUUUACUUUUCAAUAAAGAACGAAUUCGAGGUGGCAUUGACGUUGAUGGGACACAGUAACGAUCGUCGAUGGUGGAUUGUGUCGUUGGAUGUAUUUGUUCAGGCUACUUCAGUGGGUGGGGCAUCAGAGGACGUCGAUAUCUCGCUAAACGACAGCCAAAAGCAACAUCUUCGUGUCAAUGCACAAAAGCAACUUGUGCCGCCCAAUCCAGAUGAACCUACUAAACUAUUUUUCCCUCUUGUCAACAUGUACGAUUACCUCCAUCUUUGCUGUCUCAACAUGCAACUGGAAAUCCUAUAUAUCCAAGCAGCCAUGCUCUCAAAGACCCGGUGGAUGAACCAACUAAAAGUGCAAAUGAACCAAGACAGAACAAAACUCACUGUUGUCUAUUGGCGUGGUGGUUCACCUGCUUCUCACUGGGCUCGUCCACAAGCAAACUCAAAAGGCAUCAAAAGUACAGUUUUGGAAAUCAGUGUCAGUCAUCCGGAUCAGCAACCGCAACCCGAGAAUGUAGCUGUUGCAGUUCGUGAUGAAUUAAAGGGGCUGGUUCAAAAAGCAGGUAUUGGUGCCUCGAUUGCAUUAUCUGAUCUAAGUGCAAAUGAACAACCACGAGUGCUGUCGUCGCUGAAAUAUCCUAAAAACUGUCUGGACGUGCUUUGGGAUGAUACUGCCGACCUUCAUACCGAGAAAAAAUUACUGGAUUCUGCAAAUUUGAACUUGGAGCAGCUCGUUUUGCAUGUCACCAACUACCACGGCAAAUGCAUUAUCGAUAGAUUUAGAGAACUGCUGAUUUCACAAAAGGAUUUCUUGGAGGAAAAUGGGCUGCAUUUGGCAGAGGAGGAAAGUCGAGGUGGCUCUCAGUUUACAUUAGUGGAUGAGCCCUCAGAUAGCACACCUUCAUUGGUGGUGCGUUAUCGUCAUCAGAGGUACAUCAGCAUUGAAUGCGAUGCUCGCACAGGUCGAGUCAAAGCUUCAGAGGCAGGCGAUGGCUGCAGCGAAGGCGAUUUCAAAUUAAGAGGGCUAGAAGACAGACUCAACAACGACCCUCAAGAUAUUGCACGUCAUUUAUUAUGGCUACGAUCCGAAGUAGUCGUUCGUGAAGUCAUUGCACUUGCUAAACAGCUCAACCUACAGCCUUAUCACCCUUCACAAAUGAAUCUUCGUCCUGAAGACUUGCAGAAGCUAUUUGGCGACGUUCUGUCAGAUGCUACUGCUUCCGCCACCACCACCACUACCACCACUUCCACCACUACCACCACAGCCUCUACGGGCAGUUCUAAAUAUCCAUCCCAUUGUAUGUUUCUCCAGUUUUCACAGUUCGAAGACUGGUAUUUUAUCAUUGCAACGGUGAAAAACGAGUUCAAAGCCUGGCUUUGUUGUAUAAAUAAAACAUAUGAUCAAAACGGUCUUUAUCAAGCGAUUGUGGAUCUGGCGCAUUUCGACUGCAAUCAAGUUUGGAAAGAUCAAUUUGCUGAUAAAUUACCUACUACAAGUAAAAACAUAGAAGAUGCAUACACCUCCACAACAACAACGACAGCAAACGCACAUAAACGAAAGAUAGAGGUUGGCGAAGGGGAUGCACCAUCCACCAUACACACAGACAUGAAGAGACGGCGCGUAUCCAUGCGAAGGGAUGAGAGCGAGGCUGCUUUCUUGCCCAAGAUUGACAAUCUUUCUGUUGAUUUGCGCUUUCUGGCAAAACUAGACUCGUUAUGCAGAGCUUACAUUACGAACCGUAUGAUUGAAUUGCAACUGCAAUCAUUCAAGGGAUCUUUAAAAUACCACAUGCGACCACUGCUGCAAUCACUGUCUAGCAUGGAGACGCAAGUCAUGAACCAUCCAGCUGCUGACAAGAUGGAAGUUGUGUGUGUAUCUCAACGGGACCUGCUUAAAACAUGUGCUUAUCACUUUGCUGACGACGGCACCAAACGCGAAAACCCCAUAGAGACAAUACCGUGGAUAGAGAAGCUGUUACCUUCGCUGAAAAACGAUGUGCUAAUUCGAUCAUUUGGAUGGUGGGAUUGCGGUCGUGGUGAUUGCUAUGUUGUUGUGCAGGAGAAGUUUGAUUGGAAGCAUUUACAGCUGCAAGGAAACGAUCUUGGCGACCACAUCUCUCUGGACAAAUCGACCAAUGUCCUGUCCUUUACCUACCCCCAUAUCGAUACUUGCAUUGACAGAUUUUUGAUGGAUUGGGAAAGGAUCUUUAUGAUGGCCAAUCUGACGAGACAAAUGUCCUCGCGUUGGUUUGAAAAGUACAGCGAGCAAUUGUCAAUUAAUGCUACAAACCUGCAAGAGCUGUCAUUUUCUUAUGCUAAAGAUUUUAUAUGCACAAUCCAAUGGUCAUCAACGGGUAAAGGACACCCACGACAAUACAAUAUCGAACUUGGUACGACCGAUGAUACGAACAAGGCAAAACCUACAGCACUGCCCACCUUGAACUCACGCAAUCCACACUGGAGAAUCGCUAGUUUCUUGAGGGAUGUGUUGAACGACAAGAAGGAUUUGAUCUAUUUCGUACAGAUUUUGUUUCAAACGCUGCCUCUGAUGGCUUGUCUGGAGCGCCUGGAGGUUGAAUGUGCUCAAAAGGGUGAUAUUGGCAAAGUAUCGAUUAUACCACGUGCCUAUGAUUCAGUGCGCGUUAUCUUCUCUGCCAUGCACGCCAUUGACAUUCGAUUCACGGACAAGGCGACCAUUUGUGUAUCAGAUGCAGCAUACCACCACUUGUACUAUUCUUCUCGUACCACAUCCGUCGAUACAUUCAUUGCACCACAGCCCUAUCUCGCCCAAGCACCACCACAGCAACAACAAGUGACAUUGCAUGAAGGCAUGAAACCCAUCAAAGUGGCACAACAGUUCAAGUUCACGCCUAUUGAUCAAUUUGCUGAUCUGCUAAAAUCCAUGGAGACUUGGAUCUUUUCAUUCGAGUCAAAAGAUAUGGAUCGUUGGUAUGUGUCGGGUAAACUUUGGGAUCAAAAGACAGAGCCAAGUGCUGUUUCUCUUCAGCAUGGCCUCUUGUGUUCUGCUUCUCUUUGCCAAGGCAUCUUGAAUAAAUUGCAAGAGGUUCUGUAG